AGGGGAAAAGCAGCAAAAUCAGAAGUUAGGAUGACAUUUCCAGCUAGGUUAGGGUAACAGCUGUAUCUUAAUGCCAAUUUUCUCAGUAAUUUCCCAUCAAUAAUUCCACAACUUUGUGCACAUAUCAAGGGCCACAGUAGGGAAGUGAGUUAGUGUGUUUUGGGAUAUUCUGUGUGAUAUUUUAACCAUCGUGAAUUUAGGAUUAGUAAUCUGUUUUAGUGAAUUAUUUUCACCACGUAUCAAAGAAAAGUGAUAUAAUUUUGUUUAGAGCUGCAGUUUUGGAAUAACAAGCAAGAUGGAGUCCGGGUCCCAGUGUGGGUUACAGAUUUGCUGAAUGAUCUACGUAAAAAGGGUUCUGGGGAGACUCAAAGUUCAGGAGGUUCAUCACAGACACACGAUUACCGAGAAGUUGCCACAGCGGAGGAGAAGAACGAAACAGACGAAGAAAUUUUUGCAUUUGACGAUGAAGAUUCAGCUGAAGGGGCACCAGUAGUUGGUGCGGAUGCCAAGGAAGGAGAAGACGCAAAAAGUGAGCCUCUAGGUGGGCCAUCGAGAUUCCAGAGAAUUAUUCACGCCGGCGGUGAGGUGCUCGGACGUGGGUUGACGCAAUCCAGGGAAGGGUCUAUGGAAAGUUUCACAUCACUGGGGAGACGGAAGAUAAGUGAGCUGUACCAGAAGUUGAGUGCCAAUCGGGCCAAGUACAUUGAAAUCCGCGAGAAGCGUAUGGAGGCUAAGAGGAUACUCCAGGAAGUGCAUGAUGGUGCCCGAGAAUGCGAUGAGAGUGACGAUGGGGAUACCCCAAAGGUGGGCAUAGAUGAGCCACCAUUGUUCCCCAUUGAGGAUGAUUUUGCGGAGAUCCCCGAAGCGCCCGGACGGGCUGAAUUGGGCACGUGGAAGCGUGUGGGAAUUGGCGAAAUUGGACGAAGCUCCAGUGCCAAUCCACGGAAGCCAAUGCGGAAGGGACUCUCGGAGAUUGGGCGUCGCUUCAGUGAGAUGGAUGAUGACCCUGAGGUGCCGGCAAUGUUGGUGGCUGAGUGCCAGAAUAGCUAUCCGGACACCAAAUCCUCCUCAUUUACGAGUAGUUUGACAAUUAAAAGCGAUCCCGGGAUGAAUAAUAAUCCCAAAUCCCUCCCAGCGAGUCCCACGCCGCGUUUUACGAGGAAAGAUGCCCGCGAAGAUAUUCCUCGGCAUCGUCCAUCGCUUCUGCAUGACAUAUCAACUCAGUCCGAUUCCAGUCGCUGCUCCAGCGUGGAGAGUUUACUGGAAGCCCGAAAGCCCGAUGCGGAGACAAUCCUAAUAAAUUUGGGCUUUGGCCCCGUUCAAUCGGAAGAUAUUCUCUCGCGGAUCCCCAAGAGGUUCCUCAAACCGUCCCAAGUUCGUGGCAUCGACACGGAGAGUUUCCUGAAGCAGCAGCAGCUCGCCAAUCAUUUACACGAGCACAGUGUCCUUGGCUAUCGUGGCCUAGUGGGUAAUCCCCACACUCCUCCUUCGCUGAUUGUGGCCAAAAUUAUGGAGAGAUUCCAGGCGAAUGAGCAGCAGAGGAUUCUGUCUGAUUUGAAUGGAAAUCACCAAAUGACUUAAAAAAAAUCAACUCAUUCGACGUCUUCAGCGUCCUUUAGCAGUGAGUCCACUACUUCUCUUUUAAUUUUUAUUAAUAAAUUUAUAACUUGAGCAGCACAACAAAAGAAAA